AUGAGUGAGAGUAGCGAUACCUCCGGCCCUGGCCAAUCCACUCUCGUGCCACGACGAAGAGCUGGAGGUAAGAGAUCAGUCACAGGCUGUCGCACUUGUCGAGCCCGUCACAAGAAAUGCGACGAAGCCCCCGGGGCGUGUAACAACUGCACAUCCACCGGUAGGCGUUGCGAUGGGUAUGACCAGCAUCGUUUACCCCGUGCAAGCAAGACCAAUACGCCACUUCAAACCCAAUUCAAGAUCAUGCCAGGCCUAGCCGGGGGAGUGCACUGGAUGAUGAACCGAGAGGAACAACGGUGUUUCUCGUUCUUCCACCUUCGCACCAUGCCCGCGAUGGUGGGCUUCUUCGACUCCGCCCUGUGGCAGCAAUUGAUCCUUCAGAUGGGUCACGAGGAACCCGCGGUCUAUCACGCCAUCGUUGCUCUAAGUGCGCUCCAUCAAAAUUCUGAGAGUCAAGGGAUGCCGUUGUCCAAGGAAGACCUGGGAAAUUCCUGGCAUCGGUUCGCAUUGGAGCAGUCCAUGCGCUCGUUCUCGCUUCUCCAUACCCGCCGAGCAUCCCACGACCCUCGGCUGCGGGAUGUCACCUUGCUAUGCUGCUUGGUCUUUGUGCUCUUGGAAUGGCUGCGGGGUCAGUAUGACAAGGCUUUCGGGCAUCUUCGUAAUGGGAUCCAAAUCCUUAAUGAGCUUGGCGUGAUGGUGACAGAUGAGUCGGGUGCGCGUGCGCCACCGGUAGAGCGGGACCUAGUCAUUGCUUUCGCUCACUUGGACAUUCAGUCUGCCCAGUUUGGCGAGACAAGUUCACUUAUGGAAGGCAAUGCUGGGCAGGCUGUCGCGACGUCGCAAAUAGAUGGCACACGCACAUUUCGGAACGUCUCUGGUGCGCGCGAAGCACUCAACCACAUUCUCGAACCGGUUUUCAAGUUUACAAACUCCGCACAGGCCCUGUCGCAUGAACAGGUCGCGAUGCAGUACGAGUCUCUCUACCAAGAGCAGAUCAGACGCUGCGCAGAAGUGAACGAGUUUGCUCAAACCUUCAACCACUUCCGUGCCACACGAUAUUACGAGCUGAGCGCGAAAGAGCAACGCGGUGCAGAUGUCAUUCACCUCCAUCAGACAACAACAUCGUUGAAUCUCGAGACCUGUCUACUGGACAGCAAUGACCCCCUGCUGGACACUUAUACUUCUAGAUUCGAGCAUCUCCUGGCUUGUGUUGAGGAAGUGACCGACAAGUUUCCUGACCGACCUAGUGUUUGCAUGGACAUGGGCGUCAUUCCGCCGCUCUUCUUCAUAGCCACCGGAUGUCGGAGUUAUCGAGUUCGCGAACAGGCGAUUGAAGCUCUACAAUCCUGGCCGCAUCGUGAAGGACCAUGGGACUCGAAUCUAGCUGCUCGUAUCGCUACCGAGAUCAUGAAAGUGGAGUCUAUGACUGGUUCGAUGCCGCCGAGUGGGGAUACAGAGGAACUUGCAAGCAAACCUGCAAAUAAUACUGCGGGGCCGCGUGGGGUAUCUGUGACUAUUACUGAGGAUCAAGAUCAUGCGCGGUUGUCAUAUUAUGUGGGCAAUGAGCGGAAUGAACGGUGGUUUAAGCUUGACAGAGCGUGA